GAGAAUAGGAAUCUAAUUCGCCAAUCAUGAUUGUAAGGUCGUGCCGUUUAAAUUUAACAGGAUUUAAGCCAGUAUUUCGUCGUUUUAGUUCAUCUUUUUUUCCCGAAGAAGAGAAGGCAGGAGAUGGAUACAUUAAAUAUAAAGAAAAGAGUGUUUCUGCUCCAGACAGAAGAUGGGUGGUAGAGAGUGACCAUUGGAAAGAACAAACUAGAAAAGGAUUUCCAUUAGAGAAACAAGAAACUCUUCACGAAAAUUUUGAAACUUCAAGAAACGAAGCGGAAUGGAAAGCUGUACAAUCGUUGUUACCUUUAAAAGAAAUACCCUUACCUCCUAAGCACAAGUCGUACCCAACACCUUCAGGAUGGGUUCCUCCUUCGUCUACUCUGCCAGAUGAAAAAUAUCACAUUAGAAGAACACGUUUUCAUCAGUUACCGGUUUAUCUUGAAAGCCGAUUAGGAGGUUGGCAUCACCUAACCGUAAUACGUUACUGCGAUGGCGACCUUUGGGCAUUGGAAGCUGACCUAAGAGCUGAAAUAAAUAAAGUUAAAGGAGAAGAACCACUAACCCAAGUUGACGAAGUUUGCGGUAAAGUUCGAUUAAAAGGAGCAUUUUUAAAAGAAGUAUCUGACUUCUUAAUAUCCAAAGGAUUUUAG